UUGUGUUCUUCUAACAGCUCGUAUAAAAGGGUCAUGUUGUGUUCUUCAAAUUCUUCGAACAAGACGGGGAAACGAUUAGAUACCGCUAUUAGACAAGGGUUGUUGGUUUGUGUUGAGAACACUGGCCUUCCUACUUUUGUUGUUGCUGAUGCUGGACGCACACAGGUAAAAAGUACAAUGAAUUGGCAGAGGAAACCUCAGAUUUUUCUCAACAUUCUCUGCAUAUUGGCCUAUUGGAACCGCCAUCGCCAUCGGAUCAGCCGGAUUUUACUGCCAUUCAUGUUCCUCAGCUGCCCCAUUUUCUUCUCUUUGGUUGCAAAAAGAUCCACAGCCGUAGUAAAUUUUCCUGCCAUUCUGUACUUUCGCCAACUUCAAGGCAUCGCCUUUUCCUUUUCUUUCACACAAUUCUAUAUUCAAAUUCUAACCCAGAUUAAGCUAAUGUAUUAUGAUGAACUACACAAGAACAAAAGAGUAAACUUUAAGAAAAGUGAUUAUGGGUAUGCUGAGUUCAAAUUUUAAGCUGUUAGAAAUGAAAAUUUAGUAACUCUAGAUCAGAUUUUUCAAAUAAUUAGCCACUAAUUCAUGAAACAUUUCUCUAUUCGUAGAUGGGUGCUAUGUGUUGGUGGAUCAAGUAAUCGUCGUUGUCGUUGUUGGAUGCAUGGUUGAAUUCCAUAGUCUCU